AUGACACCAACACAGUACCACAGGCAUAGUCAGAGGAGACGCAUUCCUCUGGGCUGCUCCCUUUAUAAGUCACCGCUGGCCGGGCGCCCGCUCGCAGCCUCCGCGCUGGCAGCGUUGUCUGCUGCCUCCCCUCCCUCGCCAUGCCCUAGCCCGGGCUCCGCUCGCCCGCCGGGGACGCGCAGCAGCCCGGGGAGGGCCGGCGGCGAUGGCACCUCCGUCCCCCGCCCAGCCCUGAGGGCGGCUGCCGCCGGGAUGUUCAGUUGGCACCGCAGCUUCACCCUGGGAGCGCCCUGGAAGAGAGGUAAGAAGAGUCCCCCUGCGGAGGACAAAGUCGUGUUAACACAUAUGAAGAUACUGAGCAAUGAAGGAAUUCAAAACCCAGGGUUAAUCCCAGAGGCUCCAACUGACACAGCCUGUACAGAAGAUUCCCAUCUCCCAGGUGCCCACCUCCCACUGGACUACCAGGGAAAUCUGAAUGCAGCAACUACACCAGCAGCUCCAGACUAUGCAGAUGCCCCGGCAAGCACAGACUCUGUAGCCACACUGCCUGACCUCAAUGCCUUUGAGUCUAAGUGUCGACUUCACAGAUUCUCCAAAUUUGAAUCUGAGGACUCUGGGGUUGAAUUGCCAAGUGGGGCUAAUUCGCCAUCAACACCAACUGCUUCAGAGAAGAGUUUUGUGCUUCACAGCAGAGACUCAUUUUGUGACUCGGGUGUGCUUAGCACCUCUUCCUCUCCAGAAAUUGACCAUCUGAUAAUGAGAACAUGUAAAGAGCAUGCCAGAAGAGUCAGCCAGCAAGAUCCAGAGACUGAAAAGCAGGCUGAGUGCUAUAGCCAGGAGGUAGAUGCUGUACAGGGUCCUUCAGCUUUCCUGGAAGACAUCAGUGUCCCUCAGGAAGAAAGAACUGAUGAAAAUUUUGACCAAAGUGAAAGGCAAUCUUUUGAAAAGGAACCUACAACAGAGACAGACCCUCCCAGAGAGAGCCCUCUUGCCACUCCAGCUCCCAUAGAAGAGCCAAAGACAAUUGCUGACAAUUUCCCAGAGAACUUUGGCAGCACACAAGACCUUCAGAUCCACGGACAUCAACUGAAGAAGUACCCCACAAGUGACAGUCUGGAUGAAUACAUGGAUGAAUGCUGUAGACUGAGUGAGGUGAACCAAGGUAACAGCAAAGCCCUGGGAUCUGGUCUGGGAUACCUUGAACACAUUUGUCAACUGAUAGAGAAGAUUGGGCAGCUGCAGGAGCACAAUCUGCGUCUCCAAAAGCAAGUGUGCAGCUUGCAGAAAGAGCAGAAGAUGAGUCAGAUAAAAGAGGAGUACUUUCUGCAGCACUGCUCCUGUGGAGCUGCCAGCUUCUUCCUCAACUCGUAUCAAGAUGUGAAGACAUUUUUUGCUGGAAGAAGCAGACCUCACAGCCUCCUGGUUCAGACUGGAAACCCUUCUGAUCUUUCCAUCAUCCCAGAAAUAGGAGUGAACACUGAGAGGCUGAGCAGCUGCAGUGGAGGAGAGAGAUGCCCAGAUUCAGGAAACAGCCAGUCAAUGGUGGGGCUCAGGAAAUUGACAAACAAUAGGAAUAACAAGGAGAAUGAGUUCAGAGAAGCUGGUAGUAUGGCUGAGGGACAAGCUUUUCCAUCAAAGGACCCUGCAUUAAGAAAGAGUGAGAGCCAUGCUUGGGGCAGAAUGAGAGAUCUUAUGAGGAAGACACGGCUGAGAAACCAAAACAAGCUGGGGCUGUCCUCUGCUGCUCUGAAGAGGUCCUGCCCACAGUUGUACAGGCCAGAUAUUGUGUCUUCGGACCUGAGGAAAACUGAGAGGAACUCCAUGAUUGUUCUGGGGCAAAAUACAAAGAAUGAAAACAUAUGGCCUUUCUGAUAACCCAAGUCAAAUGGAACAAGAAAGGCAAAGUGGAAACAUGAACGAACUCCAGCUCAAGAACCCUGGGGUUACUGGGGAUUACUUUGUGCAGCCUGCAUCCUACAGCUGACAACAGAGCAACUUUUAUUUGAGUGUUGGAAGGGAAAGAGGGAAGGGGGAGGUUGAAAAGGGUCUGUGGGCAGAUAUACGCUCAGCUAUGUACAGCUUAGCUGCUGAAUCUGAAGUAUAAUGACAAAAUCCAAGCCAGAGAUGAAAUUGCUGUUAGCAUCUUGGCAACAUAACCAACAAAGACUUUUAAGUAAGAUUUGAAAAUUCUUUCUCCUCUCUGGGUUAGAAACAGAAUUACCUGAAACCUUGAAGCUUUUAAAGUAUCACUGCUUUCAGGGGUCCUUCUUCAGCUGAAAUCAGCUUAAGCUUUAUAGGACAUAGCAGCAUCUAGAAGAGUGCCAGGGGCUCUUUGCCCAAUGCAGAAGUGCCUGUUAGAAGGACAGCCUUCUAAGGGAGGUAGGAUGGGUGAGCUGAGCUGCAGUCUUUGCUCCUCCCCAACACAGCUUCUUCCUUCAGAACUGCAUCUGGCCAACUACACCAUUUUACUGGAAUCCAAUAGGAAAACCAAGUUUUUAAAGAUAGAACUUCCUACAAGACCAUUCUUGAAUCCACCACAGGAUCUUGUGUGCCUGGUCCUCCUGUAGAGACUCCUUGACUCUAGUGCCACCCUACACAGAAGCUGGCAUCAUGCAUGUUCAUUGCAGAGACUGGAGUGAGAAGCACUGCAGGAACCAGCCUUUCCAGAGGCUGGAGGGUGCAUCCAAGGCAACACCUCAGCUUUGCCAGGUGGCCCAGCUCUUGGACUAUUGAUCUUUUGGGUGGGCAACCAGGCCUGAAUUCCUACUUGUAAUUUAAAAGUCCUCUAGCUGUGUAGGUGUAAGCCUGAGGCUGUAAAUGGGGUAAUGAUGCUGCUGUAGGGCUCAGCCUGGGCUCUCUCUGCUGGGAAAAGCCAAGGAGAGCAGAGCUGCAGGGAAGAGUUAUCCGAAUACAACCUUUUUAAGCUGCUGUUCUUUUGGGCCACACUAACAACUCUAACAUUGUGGCCAUAUUUGGUGGCUCCCUUAUCACAUGUCCACUGAUUCAGACUCAAGGGCCAGUCAGUGCAUGCUUCUGAAGGUCCCACGGUCACAAUGGUCUCUACACACCAGCUCUUGGUGGUACUAGGCAAAAUAAUUAAUACAAGAGUGAAGAUUUAAAUAAAGCCACUUUGCCUUGUGUUAAAAGAUUAUUCUAAUCUCUAAAUUAUGAUAUAAUUGCAAAUCAAGCAAUUGCUGUUGAAAAAUCCCUCCCCAAUCCAAACUUGCCUGAGAACCAAGAUUUGAGAAGCUGGCAGGAAUAUACCAACUUCAGCAAACUUGGGCUUUCAGUAACAGAGGCUUUCUCCUUGCUCAGCUGGAGCCCUUGGAGUCAUCAAAACCAGAACAGGAUCUCCUCUGAGAUUCAAAGCACCUGAGCCACACUCUGGCAGGGCAGCUGUAUUUUGCAGGGGUGAGUGAAGGCAGCAGCCAAAGUCUGGUUUUCCAAGUCUUCUUUAGAAAGGUUGUUGCUGUUGCAGCUCAGAAAAACAAAAA